AUGUCUUCCCUCAAGCCUCUUACACUGCACGCCCACCAUACUGGUCCCAACCCCUUCAAGGUGGCCAUUCUCCUCGAAGCUCUCAAUAUUCCAUACGAUGUCAAGCUCUGGCAAUUCGGAGAAGGCUCCAACGGUCUGAAGGGCCCCAACUUUCUUGCUAUCAACCCCAAUGGUCGUGUUCCCGCUCUGGAGGACCCCAACACCAACGUCACCAGCUGGGAAAGCAUGGCAUGUGUCAACUACGUCCUGAGAGUAUAUGAUACCGAGAACAAGUUCGGUCAUCGGGAGGAAGCUGGCGAGCAAGGUAGAGUCGAUGUUGAGAAGUGGGUGAGCUUCUUGAUCACCACCAUGGGCCCCAUGAUGGGACAGUGCAACUGGUUCCGCCACUACCACGAUGUCAAGAAUGAGAACGCAUACGAGAGAUACCUGGCUCAGGCCCAACGAUGCUUUGGCGUUUUGGAGGAGCAGCUGAAGUCUCACAACGGAGACUGGAUACUGGCAGGCGAGAAGCCCAACGUGGUUGACUUUCACUUUGAGCCUUGGGUGCGACAAUACGAGUUUGCUGGUUUGACCAUGAACGAUUAUCCCAAGGUCAAGGCUUGGUUGGAUCGCGUGCAGUCCCUACCUGUGGUCAUCCGCGCCUACGAGAAAGUCAAGGCCGGAGAGGAGGUUGCAUAA